UUCUGACAAAUAAGAAUUAAAGCACAAAUAUUAAAAUGGAUAGCAUCCGAAGUGAGGAUUUACAACAUUGAAGAAUGAUUCCAGGGAUAAUCAUAAGGCAAUGUGAAGAUUAUGUACAAGAGAAAGAAUUUAUAACUAUGAAUCACUCUUAUCUUCUCCAGAAGCAUAAUAAGUUAAGAUUAUUGAGGCCUGUGACACUUCAUAUCGCAGAUUCGUAUGACAGUUCUUGGGAACUAAUUAAGGACCUAAGUUGGUCAUCGUUUCCUUUCUUUAACAAAAGAGCCUCGAUUUCAAUUGAAGAUUUGAUGAAUACUAAAGCAAAUAAAUCGAUAAAAAUUCACAUUCUUUCUCAACUCUCUCUUGCCACUGUCUUUGAUGUUUCAAUUAGUUCCAUACCCUCACAUCUCUUACCUUGACUAGCCAAGCCUCUUUGCUGAUUUACAGGCUCUCUUUUCCUUUCAUCAAUGAAACUAUCUCAGAAAAAGUUAUUCUCGCUCCUUCUCAGUACCUCUUCCUGCAAAGAAAUUGAACUAAGGAAUGUUUCUCUUGAGUGCGAUAGGAUCGUCAGAACGCCGAGAAGAGUAACUAGAGUAUGAAAAUUCCGUUUUACCUCCAUUCCAUCCCUCACAAACCCCCCAAAACACCUCUCUGCCCUACUCCACAAUCUCUCAGGCUGCUUCACCCUGAAACCCACUACCAAACUCAUCUUCAAAGGUUACUGAAUCCCCCUACGUGUUCUGACCGAGCUUAAGGAGGUCAAUAAGAUUAACUAUGUACGAGUAGAAGUGCACCAGAGGUACAAGCAGUAUAAUCUGUAAGAUGUCAGAUGCAGAUGGCCAUGAGGACUAGAGAGCGUGAUUGAGGAAACAGGGUUUAAGAUUUUAUAGUUGAUC